AUGAUGGAAGGAUGGUUGGAAGGGGCAAGCGGGGAGGAUCCGGUGCGAGAGCUUGAGGAGGUUCUGGAGGCGUGCAGGGACAGGGGUGGGGAGAUGGCGAGGAGGCUGCAUCGGGAGCGGACGGAACGGAUGGAGUAUUUGGUGGGGAGGUGCAGGAUCUGGAGGUGUUACCGGUAUGGGGGAGGCGGAAAACGGCAGAAUGGACAAGGACGUCCGAGGAACUCAAGCGGGCGGUCAAGGAGCGCGCGCGCCUACUCCGGAUCCGAGCCCACGUCCCCGAGAUCGCUUCCGAGGAACGACUGUCGCCGGCCGGUCCACGCCAAGCUCGCGGCGCGGAACUCGGACUCCAAGAUCACAGCACUGCGCUUGGGCAACGGAGAGCUAACGCAUGACAUUGAUGUCGCUCUUGACCACACGCAGGCGCAUUUCCAGCGCCUCUACCACAUCGAGCCUCGUGAUCCGGAACGCGUCGACCGACUUCGGGACGAACUCCUCGUGCCGAUCAGGGCGGCACGGACUUGCGACGACCCGCGCUCAGAUCCGCUCUUUCUGCGCCGACUCUCGGAAGCGCAGAUUGAUCUCCUCCAGCAACCCAUCACCGAGGACGAGGUCGUGGCCGCGAUCGGGACGACGCACCCGGGUGAUCGCCGGGCCCGUCGGGCGUGCCUUACGAACUCUAUCAGACCGCACCGGAGGCGUGGUCCAAGGUGCUGACCAAGGCCUACAACGCCGAUGAUCGAGCGCGGUUCACUCUCUCCCAAGCAGGGCCAGGGACUUGUGCGCCUCAUCUUCAAGCGCCACAAGAAGAAUGCCGAUCGCGCCGAACUCUCGUCGUAUCGCCCCAUCACCCUGCGCGAGUGCGAUUACAAGAUUUUUACCAAGGUCUACGUCGCCCGAUUGAACCAAAUUCUGCCCGAUCUCCUCCCGCCGCAGCAGCACGGCUUCGUCAAGGACCGCCGAUCGGCCGACGCUGCACUACACCUUCGUCUCCUGAUCAAGGAACUUGGCGCGCGCAGGACCGAGUUCCCCGCGGCCGCGCUCUUGUCUCUUGACCAAUCAUCCGCCUACGACCUCGUCGAGCAUGACUGGAUCUUUGCCAUUUUCGACGCUCUGGGCGUUCCUUACCACCUUUCUUCGCGUGCUGAGGAUGCUCUACUCGGGUGACUCGACCUCGGCGCGCUACAUCAUCAAUGGGUUCCUGACGGCGCCGGUGCGACUGACGUGUGGGCUCGGCCAAGGGGACCCGGCGUCAUCGUCGGUCUGGGACAUCGUGUUUCAGCCGUUCCUGGAUGCUCUACACCGUCGAAACAUCGCGCUGAAUCUCUCCAUACCUGCACUUCAUCCGUACCCACAGAGCCGCGCCAUUACAUCACUUGCAUUUGCCGAUGACGUUGUCGUCGCCGUCGCGGGCUUGGAGUCACUCAACUUGCUCGAUGACCUGGCGCUCGACUGGAGGCAUGCAACGAAUGGCCGGCUCAACACGGACAAGACGGUCGUCCUACCGAUUGGACGUCGCUGGGACCCUGGGGAACGGCCAAUCGUCGUCAAGGCCGCAGGCGAGUCGCUCGAGUGGAUCGUGUUGAACUUCGCUCCAUCUCACUUCUAG